AUGACCCACUGCCGACCGGUUUGGGCUUGCACCAUCAAAGUUUCGGUCGCGGCAAUGUCAGGAGACCCGGCACCUCAUCUCACCCUCUCUUUCACCCGAGAAUCCCUCUCUCUCUUCCCGGGAAGACUUGUUCACACAUCUAAUGCAACGUACUAUAGUGCCUUGUUUGCCUGCCCAUAA